AUGGAGGUUGAUGAAGUUCAGCCGACAAUAACUUCAAUUACUGAUAAGUCAUCACCACAACUAAUGGAAAUGGCAUUAUUAUCUACAUCAACAGCUGAAGAUGAUAAUGAUAUUUCAAAAUAUAGUGAAUCUAAAAAAAUAGAAUUAGCUAAAAAAGUUAGAGAAGAAAACAAAAAAGUUGGUGAAAAAUUUCCUGGUUUUUACGGUGUUAUGAAAAAACCACCAAAUACACAAAAGUUGCUUGGUAGUGAUGAUAUUUUAUCAAUUUAUAAUUUACGGGAAUGUUUUAAUAAAGUUUGUGGUAAAGUAAAUGAAGGGGAUAGUAUUUAUUCAAUUCUUGAUGAAGUAAUUGGACCUCUUGAAAAUGAAACAUAUAAAAGUGAUAAUAGUUCACUAAGGAAGUUAAUAGAACGUCCUCCUAUUGUUGAUAAAGAAAUUAUUAAUUUUACUGAUCAAAUGUUAAAAUUUUAUGACCUCCAACCGGGGGCUUUAGAUAAAAAGUACCAAUUAGAAGGGGAUGCUAAAGAGAUUGCUUCAAAAUAUGCUAUGGAAUGUAAUGCAAAUGGUGCUCAAGGUAAAAUUGCAACUAAUGGUUCUUCUGAUAGAAUAUCAUCACUUAAUUUUGAUAUGUAUGAAAAAUUAGAUUCUGGAGUUAGACUUAAAAAGAAAAAUCGAACAAAAGAGGAAAAAGAGGAGAGAGCACGAAAGAAGGCUGAAAGAAAAGAAAAACGUCGUUUGGAGGCUGAAAAAGAAAGAUUUGAAGAAAUUAGUAUAAUUAAAAAAGCAAAAAAAGAAGAAAAAUUUAUUGAAUCAGAGAAAACUUUUACUGUCCAGACAGAACAAGAGGAUAAUGAAGAAGAAAUUAUACAAUAG